AUGGCCUUUCUUUUCAAGUCCAAGAAGAAUCACGACAGAGGGCCAGGUAGCCGAGAUGGUAUUCCGGGGUCGGCUUCGUCAACCCAGAGCGCGACUGCGCGCGUCAGGGACGAGAAGGGCUCCCGAUCAACACCUACCGGUAGCUUGAACUCCCUCGACAAUGACGGUAGCGUAGGCAGCCCGGAGCAGCAAAACUAUGGCCGCCCUCGAGGCCAGACCCUCGAAGGGCAGCAUCAACAUCAACAACAAGGGCCCUCACAGAUGCAAUCCCGGGAACCCCCGCAACAGCCGCCCAACGAUCUUCCUUUUCGCAAUGGCGCGAACCCCAACCCAAUGCCAAUGGCAAACCCCAACGCUUCGCUUUACCCAUGGUCGCAAAGGAGGUUAACGUAUACGACAUCUCAACCGAGCCCCUUUCCCCGAUAUGGCGCCGCUGUCAAUUCGGUAUCGUCUAAAGAGGGCGAUAUCUAUGUGAUGGGCGGCUUGAUCAACAGCUCGAUGGUCAGAGGCGACCUAUGGAUGAUUGAGGCUGGUGGGAGUAUGGCCUGCUACCCUCUUGCGACGACGGCAGAGGGUCCUGGCCCAAGGGUUGGACACGCCAGUUUGCUGGUUGGGAACGCGUUUAUUGUGUUUGGCGGAGACACCAAGAUUGAUGAGUCCGAUGUCCUUGAUGAGACGCUAUACCUCCUGAAUACUUCUACGCGACAAUGGUCAAGAGCUCUGCCCGCCGGUCCACGACCUGCGGGUAGGUAUGGCCAUACUCUUAAUAUUUUAGGAUCCAAGAUCUACGUCUUUGGUGGCCAGGUAGAAGGAUACUUCAUGAAUGACUUGGCAGCUUUCGACUUGAAUCAGUUACAAAUGCCCAGCAACCGCUGGGAAAUGCUGAUAGCUACUACAGAGCCCGGAACUACCCCUCAAGGCAACGUUCCUCCUGCUAGGACAAACCAUUCCAUGGUAACCUUCAAUGACAAGAUGUACCUGUUCGGAGGCACGAACGGUUUCCAAUGGUUCAACGACGUUUGGUGCUACGACCCAACGACCAAUGCCUGGACUAUGCUCGAAUGUAUUGGAUAUAUUCCUGUCCCGCGCGAAGGUCAUGCGGCCGCCAUUGUUGACGAUGUCAUGUAUAUUUUUGGAGGGCGUACCGAGGAAGGAGCGGAUCUUGGUGACUUGGCGGCUUUUCGGAUCACCUCUCGCCGCUGGUAUACCUUCCAGAAUAUGGGCCCUUCGCCCUCACCUCGAUCCGGUCAUAGCAUGACGGCAGUUGGCAAGACCGUUGUGGUUGUAGGUGGAGAGCCAAGCUCUGCUACGGCAGCUGUUAAUGAUCUCGCCUUGGUUUACUGUUUAGACACGACAAAGAUCCGAUACCCACCUGAUUCCGCAGGCAAUCCUGGUGCCCCAAGAAACGCGGUAAGGCGGCCAAGCAACGCGACUCCUCCAUCUUCGAACCAAAACUUCCCGCCCCGAGACGGUUCGUCGGGCCCUCCUGAUCAGAGACGGUUGGUCGGGCCACCCGGGGAUGCCGGCAACACUACCCCUCAGAACGGAUUCAGAGGCCCCCCGAAUCCAAACGACCAGAUUGGCCCUAGAGGCCCCCCUAAUGGGCCUCCCAAACCUAUGAGACCUGGUCCGCCAAUGGGUCCAGCCGGCCCUCCCCCUCAAGGCCAACCUCCAAGGCCGGGUGUGAAUCCAGCAGUCGCCCGAGCAAGGAACGCCUCUUCAGACAGCAGGGCGGACUCUUAUCAAGGCUCCCCUACACAGUCUCCGGUCGUCCAACAAGGUCCGGUUUUCACCCAAAACGAGAGUUCCGGGUCUGUGGGAAGACAUACCCCAACUCAGAACGCACCACGCUCUGCAUCGUCUGCGUCACGGCAGACGGAACCGCCUGCUGCUGAAACACCCAAGUCCAAGCCUCUGAAGCAAGCCCGCACGCAAGGAUCGGUCGACAGCUCAACGGAUGCAAGCCUGAAGCAAGCAGCCAAUCGUUCUGCUUCUCCGCCGGCGCCUACUGCGAGGCUGAACAGCAAUUCUAUCAACCGAAGGUCAUCGCAGCGGAAUUCUCAAACAGUUGUACUUCUGAAGGAGCUAGACGCAGCAAGGAAUCGCAAUGCCUGGUAUGCUUCGGAGUUGGAGUUGGCUCGUAAAGCCGGUUAUGUGCCCACCGCCUCGAUGAGCCCAGCGCUGGACCAACGAGCGGCCGAGACGUUUGACGACGAGGACAGGCCUUUAAUCGAAGCUUUACUUGCCAUGCGCACUGAGCUUGCCAAUGUACAAAAUUCAGUAGACAAACAGGCAGUUCUCGCUGCGAAGCAAAUUGCCGAAGCCGAACGACAACGGGAUGCUGCUAUUCAGGAAGCGAUUUAUGCCAAGGCCAAGCUGGCAGCGCAGGGAGGAAGUGCCAGGAGCACACCCCAACUCGAUAUAGAUAAAGAUGGCAACGAUCGUGUGGGUGAGAUGAGCAAAAAGCUUGCCCAAGCCUUGAGUAUCCAGAAAGAUCUACAGGACCAAGUGGAACGCCUAAAAAUCGACCUCGACGCCGAGAAGAAGGCCAGGAAACUGGCGGAUGAUACGGCCAGUGCUGCGCAGAAAAGGAUGGCGGACCUGGAGCAUUAUAAGCAAAAGAAUUCCGGCGAGGUAGAGCAACUCAAAGCUGAAAUGCAUAUGCUACAACGGCAGGCAAGAGAGGCUGAAGUCGCAGCGUCGGAAUUCGAAUCUACGGCACAAAUGCUCCGUCUUGAGAAAGAUGAACUGGAAAACAAGUACAAUGAGGCCGUCGGUAACUCUAAGCAAAGCGUCGAGACAUUCCAGUCACUGCGGGAAGCGGUAGCUGCAACAACCGAAAUGAGAGAGACGCUGGAAAGGAAACUCGAUGAAGAGCGCGCACUCCGGGAGGAGAUUGAGGCCACGUUGAACAAGCUCAAGGCUGAGCGUGAGGUUCAGGCUGCUGAAUUAGCUACAAUCACUCAGCGCCUGAGAGAUGCUGAAGAGCGGGCCGAACGCCAUGCCAACGAGGCACGUGUCCACCGUCAAGCCGUGCUUGCCGGUUUGGAUAAGGUGCCGACAAUGGAGAACCGUAGCUUAGGCAACGGCGACAUUGACCGCACAUCUGCCCUUCAAGGCCAGCUAAGCGCCGCUAAUGCGCUGGUGAGGAAGUACCAGCAGGAGGCAGAUUCUGCCUCAGACAAACUACGCAGUGCAGAGGAACGCAUCGCUGGACUUGAGGCCUAUCAAGAACAAGCCAGUCGUGAAGGCGUCUCGAUCCGCAGGCAGUUGCAGAGUGCCCUGAGAGAAACCCAGUUCCUUCAGGCCGCCAACUCGGAUCUCAAGCAGCAAUUAGCCAAGCAACAACUAGAAACCAACGCCGUCCUGGUCCAACACAACACGCUCAAAGAUAUUCUCACUGAACGUGGUAUUUCACCUACCAGUGUAAACCGGCAUAGUCGACUCGGCAGCCCGCGUGAGGGUUCCCCGGAGGCGAUGCGCUUGCGCGAACUUGAACAGCAACUUGCCGCGGCGCAAGCUGCGCACGAGGAGACAAAGGCGUCAGCGGCAAAACAAGCGCAGGAAGCGGAGACGACGUAUCGUGACAAGCUUGCCCAGCUCGAUAAUGACUACCAGUCAGCUGUGCACUAUGUCAAGGGCACCGAGAAGAUGCUUAAACAGCUUAAGGAGCAGCUGACACGCUAUAAGACGGAGAACUCUCGCCUCAAGGAACAGAUUGUUGAGCUUGAAGACAAGGUCGGGGGCGAGACUGGCGGCAGCGGCGCACCUGCGGAUUGGGAGACUGAGCGCGAAUCGCUGCAAGGGCAAGUCAGCGAGCUUCAAGCUGAGCUACAGAGGACGGCAUCUCAACUCGAUCAACAGCUAAAGUCCCUGCGCGAAGAGCUUGAAGAUGUCCGCCAGGAACGCGAUUCGGCGGCUCACGCCAGCGACGACGCCAGCCGACGUCUUGAAGCGACCAAGAAAGACCUAGAGGAGCUACAGCACGAGAAUGCCCUUCUGGAGCGCCGCGCUCGGGAUGCGGAGCAGAAGGUCAGCACACUGCUUGAUCAAGUAGAAAUGAGCGUCGACAACUACCGCAGACGCAGCCGGCAAGUCCCGAACGAAGCGAUCGGGGCUGCGGUGGCCCCAGUGGGUCCUUCAAAUGAAAUAGGACAUGUCAGGCAUGAGUCCAGCGAAGCCGAGAGUUUGUACGGGCCAGGACCCGAUGCUAGAGAUAGCGUCGCGCUGGAUCACCUGACAAGCGAGCUCGAGACGUUGCGGAGCCGUUGGGAAACCAAUAGUAAGAACUACCGUCACAGCAACGCGUUUGAUUUUGAGGGCCUCGGAACUCCUACCGCAUCUCUUCCCAAUCAGAAGAGUGACGGUACCCUCGGUCUGAGCGAAAGUAUGGCGGAUUGGAGGAAGAAGAAUUUCGACGAUAGUCACCUUGAUGAUGAUGAGCAUCCACCGGCCGGAUCUGCCAGAUGA